UGAAUUUAGCUGCUUAGAACACCUGGAUCAUUCAGGCGAUAUAGUUAAUACCAAAAAGGAUCGGGCAUUCUCUAUAUCUCUCCUCCCUAACAGAUUGGGGAAAUAGUCAGCAGAGUAUAAAAGAUCUUAGAGAUAAUCGCUUUAAAAUCUGAAGAAUGUUGUGUUGUCUUAGAGAGUUUUUAAGGAACUCGGCUUUUAUAUCAUAUAUUCACUGGUCAAAAGUCGUAACUUCGCCAAUAAAAAUACGGAUCUUAACAUGACUGGACAGAGGUCCUCUAUGCUUGACUGGCUAUUUCUCCGAAUCUAUCAUAGAGGAGCGACGAGAUAUUAGGGCAUCUUCUUAACUGUCUCUCUGCAGUGAUGCAGCCAUUCCAAUUGAUUAAAUUCGCCAUUACGGCUUGAGUGUUAUUAUUUGUCAUGAUUAGCCUUCCGAAUGGUUGCGAGUGUAAUUCAAUCGGAAGAGAACUAUCUCACUUGAGAUGUUAAUAAGAUAAACUUGGCUGUUCUUGAUCUUUUCCAAAUCUCAUGGUUGUAUUUCCCAACACAACUUUAAAUUUGCUUUCUGCUUGAACUCUUAAUACUAUUCAGACACUUUUGAAACCCCCUUUGGCUGUUAGAGCUGAGAUUUCUUGGUUAUAAAUUUAAAAGCGAUCGUAAAAAUUGGGGAGGAAUCUUG